UCUACUUGCUACUAAUAUGAUUAUCCCUCCCCAAGCAGCAUACUUGUACUAUGGUAACUGGUCAGCUGAGGUCGACGAGAUCGUGUUAAACACGAUCAUCAAGCUCAAAGAGGAAACACAGUGGAUGCACCAUGAUUUUCCACCCUGGUUCUUCAUGACAGCGCAAAAGGAGCUGCAGUCAAAUACCAGAAUCCAGUUCACUGAGGCGGAGAUCAAGCAGCGUAUGGAUUUCAUGAAACUUAGGUAUACAACAUUCAAGCAGGUGCAGACUGAAGGAGCUUCUUGGGACGUCGUAGCAAAAUACUUGCGGGCCAACGAUGAUCUAUGGGAAAAGAUUUUCAAGAAAACUCCAUUCGCAGGGGCAUACUACCACCGAGAUGACCCCCAUUUCUCGAAGCUCGCUCGCUUGUAUGGAUUGGACAAUGUGAAGAAGGAAGGAGAAACUGAAGUCGUUGUCAUCUCCGACCAGACAGAGAAGAUCUCUGAUGGUGAGCCGAGCUGUUACGAGGUUGCUGGCUGCGACGCAGAAGUGAACUCACCCUGUGGGUUCCCACCUCGCACAGUUCGGCGCAAGCUACUUCUCGACGAGGUCGAGGCGCCUACUGAUCGGGAGUCGUCAACUGAACUUGGCAUAUAUUUCAUUGACUUAGGCCCCAAUGGCCAAUUGCGCCAAAGGUUUGAGAGGGGAAGGGAAUUGGUCAGCAAACCCGAAGGAGACUGAAAGAUCUCAGGUUUGCGUAGGUGCCGCUCAAGCAAGGAUCUAUCCUACUGAUCAGUAUAAGAAUCCCCGCUAGCCUAGAACCUGCUUUCAAAGAAUCCUCAACCCUCUUCU